ACUCACGUCCCUGUUUCUCUCUAUACUCCAACUGCACAACUCGAGUCGUCGGAGGCUGGGAGAUCGGCUAAACGCGAGCAACGGAGACCUUUAUUCUUCAUUGACGGCGUGCGAUUUCGCGCUCUCGACCCGCAAAUACUUCAUUGUCCACAGAGCCAAAAGUCGUUCUCCAUGUCUGGUGAACUGGCAGAAGCGUUGCUGAGCACAAUCUCUGUCCUCGUUCAGCAGCAGCAGAAAGAGCUCGAUGAAGCGGUGAAGGCGAUUGAGGGCGACCAGGGCGGUGCAGACCCGACUACUGCUACUACUAAGCCUGCCAACGUCAGCUAUGCGAGCGGGAUUUGCCCGGACGAACAAUGUCACAUGAAACUGUACUAUCCGACGCACGAGGCGAGCGUUGAGUGCCCGGGCUGCGGCCAGCGUCACAGCAUCUCCAGCAUCCGUGACAGCGUCGUGCUGGGAGAGAAAGAGAACCAAGUCGAGUUGAGCCUCCAGCAUUUCCGGCAAGCUUUCACCCCCAUGAAGAAGAAGGUGCCCGAACUGGUCCAGGUGAGGGGGAUAUCCAAUUACCAGUGCAAGCUGCUCUCCCCCCUCCUCACGACAUUCGGUCGAGACAACAAGACCGGGUUAGCGAGGCCUCUCACGGAGCUCGGGAUGGGCGACAGCUUUGAUUGUUCCAAGUUUGCAACGAGAGCUUUCUCCAUUGAAGAGGCACAGCUUGAGACGUCUGGAUACGGCCGGGACCGCUCCGGCUCCGCCCGUUAUCUCACCGAGACGCUUCAGCGACUGCGGGACGCCAACGGGAACAAGACCGGUCUGGUCCCACUCCACGCGGACGGCGACGGACACUGUUUGGUCCACGCCAUCUCCCGUUGCCUCGUCGGACGAGAGCUGUUCUGGCACGCCCUCCGUCACGGGCUCUACCGGCACCUCACGGAGAACAUCAACCGCUACAAGACCAUGUUCAAGGAGUUCUACGAGGAGGAGGAGUGGGACAAGAUUAUCGCAGAGGCGGCACCCGACUACCAGCCUCAGCAGGGAGAAGUCCACGGGCUACGCAAUAUCCACGUGUUUGGUCUCGCCAACGUCCUCCGUCGACCGAUCGUCCUUCUCGAUUCUCUCUCGGGGCUCAAGUCCUCCGGCGAUUACUCCGGACUGUUUCUCCCCGCCAUUCAACCACCUAGUGAUUGCAGCUCUGUGGACCCUGAGACAAAGAAGGCGUGUCCUCACUCUCCGAUUGUGGUGGCGUGGAGCAGCAGCGGGCGGAACCAUUUCGUUCCACUCGUGCCCAUCCGCGGGCAACCGCUCCCCAAACUCCCUCCCUCGCUCUGCCCAAAGGUCUGGGGUGUGGGCGAAGAUCUCGUGAAACAGUACGUUGGAUUUGACGACGACGGCUCGGUCGAAGUCUGCGGGGGGAAACUCCUCAGCGACGCGUACAUUCAGAAGCUGGUCAAAUGCAUGGAGACUCUGUUCUUCGAGAGGAACGGGAUCCACAUAUCGGUUGUGGCCGAGAUGCACCAGUUUGUGCGGACGUCGGGCUACGCGGCGAUCAAACCGAGGCUCGUGGUCGAGAUGACGAAAUCGGCAGUCGAGGAUGAGCGACUGUUUCGCUGCCUCAUCUGCAACCUGAUCACGUGCGUCCCGGUACAGUGGCUAGAGAAGGGUGGGUUGCUGUACGAGCAGGCCACGUCGAGCCACCAGCUGGCAGACAAGAUGGUGUACCAGUUCCCCAGAGAAGGAGUCAUCGCCACCUACUCUGCCGCCACGGAAUCGUUCGUCCCCUCAGAGGUUGCCUGUUUCCACUGUACCAGAGUGACUCGUCACCUCAGAGCCGACGGAUCAAUAGCGUACUUGAACGGAGACCGAACCAUGACCCCGGCCGUCCGGAGCCAAUGUGGGUGUGGCUACAGACACUACUGGGACGGAGAGGAGUACGACAACCUCCCAGAGAGGAUUCCUCUCUCUCUGACGUUUGGGAACCGGACAGUUCAGCUGACGGUCCACUGGUUCCAGAGAGAGUCUGAUCCCGAGAGAAACUCCAACGCUUACGACAUCGCCCAGAAGGUCAUCAACGACCAUUUUCCAGGUGAGUUUGGGAGUGAGCGGCUGGUGCAGCAGAUAGUCGACUCCAUCAUGAGGGCCACGGAGAGGAGUCUGGAGCAGGUGACCGGUCACCACCCACCCACUCCAGACGAGGACAAGGCAAACCCCUUCAACAAGGAGGAG